AUGAAUCAAACUCAAGAAUACUGUUUUGGUUGUAACCAAAUACUUCUUGAUUAUUUUACUUAUUUUAAUGAAAUAAAAUAUUGUUCUAAUAAAUGUGCUUUAGAUCUCCUUCAACGAAAUUUUUUACUUUUACAAGAAAAAUUUUUUGCAUUAUUAAAUUUUCAAAAUUCUCAAAAUCAAUUAAAUGACGAAAUAAUUAAAUACGAAUUCGAUGAACCUGGAUUAGAACUAAAAUAUCAAACAUUUUUAGCUUCAGGUGCUGAUUUAAGGUCAAAAAAUAAAUAUGUAAUACCUGGAAAAAAUAAAAGUGUUGUUACUAUUGAUACUGGAGUUGUUAUUAAACAUAUACACCCUAAUUAUGGCUUACAAAUUCGUUCACGAAGCUCUAGUUUAAUUAAAAUGUUAUUAUAUGUUAAUUUUGGAACAGUGGAUUCAGAUUAUGGUUUAUUACAUAAUAAUUCUGGUAGAAUAUUUGUUAAUGUGUGGAAUUUAUCUCCAAAAAGCAUUACAAUUAAUCCACGUGAUCGUAUUGCUCAAAUUGUAAUUGAAAAAAUAACCAGAGGAGGAUUUCCAAUUGAAGAAAAUAAAAGAUCCGAAAUGGAAGGAACUGAUAUAAAGAGAAAGCGUAGUGUUGAAAAUAAUGUUGAAAAUAGUGUUGAAAAUAGUGUUGAAAAUAGUAUUGAAAAUAAUGUUGAAAAUAAUAAUAUUGAAAAAAAUAAUGUUGAAAAUAAUGUUAAUGUUAACAGAAUAGAAACCAAUGAAAAAAAUGAAAUUAAGAUAGAAUGUUCUGGUGGUAAAUUGAAAAGAUCUGAAACAUCGCGUGAAUGUGUAUUACAUAUUGUUCAUGUUUUUGAAUAUAAAACCGAUGUAAAACCUAAAAAUUUAGAUGGUAAAAAUUGGAAAUUAAUUAACGAAGACGAAUUAAAUGAUUAUAAAUCUAAAAAUAUGGUUAUUGAUUCUUUAAGAGAUACAAGUCCAGUUCAAAAAGAAACUUCUAAAUAUAUUAUUGAUGGAAAUAUUGGAGCUGGAAAAUCGUAUUUGAUCGAAGCUUUGGUAAAAUAUAAUAAAAAAAAAGGAAUAAAAGUUAAUGUUAUUCCUGAACAAGCGAUAUCAAAAACUGUUAAACCAUUAUUAGAAGAAUAUUAUUGGUAUCUAUAUUAUUGGAAUAAAUCUUAUAAAUUUCUUUUUAGUAAGAAAUUGAGACAAUCUGCAAUCAAACUUCAAACAAAAAUUUGGUUAGAAUAUCAAAAAGAAUAUAUUAAUUUUGUUAAACGAGAAGAAAAACCUGAUAUUUUAUUGAUAGAUAGAUCUACUCAAUCAACUAUUAUUUUUAUGGAUAUGAUGGUUGAUGAGGGUAUCAUUUCAAGUGAUGAUCAAUUUGAAAUAAUUAAAAAUUAUCCAGAAUCUGUUGAAUUUUUCACGAAUGAUUGUAAAGUAAUUCUUUGGAAUCCAUCUCAGAAAAAAAUUUUACAAAGACAAGAAAAAAGGGGUAGAUCGAUGGAAAAGGGAUUGGAAGAUUAUAUUAAAAAUCUUGGCGCCAAGUAUUUUGAAAAAAUGUCAUAUUACUAUAAAAGUUAUAAAAUGAUUAGUCAUAAUGCAAAUCUUGAUUUUGAUGUAGAUAAUAUCCCUAAAACUGUAAUCAAGGAGAUAAAUUUUGAUGUUCUAAAUCUUGAUGAAGUUAAUUUUUUAAUUCAAAAUCCUAGUGAUGAUUUAUAUCCUAGUGAUGUUAAUUUUUUAAUUCAAAAUCCUAGUAAUGAUUUAAAUCCUAGUGAUGUUAAUUUUUUAAUUCAAAAUCCUAGUGAUGAUUUAAAUCCUAGUGAUGUUAAUUUUUUAUUUCAAAAUCCUAGUGAUGAUUUAAAUCCUAAAGAUGUUAAUUUUUUAAUUCAAAAUUUUAGUGAUGAUUUAUAUAUAAAAAAAAACGAUGAAAUUUCAAAAUUAGAAGAAGAUCUAAAAACAAAAGACGAUGAAAUUGAAGAAUUUAAAAAAAGAAUUUCAAAAUUAGAAGAAGAUUUAAAAACAAAAGACGAUGAAAUCGAAGAAUCUAAAAAAAGAAUUUUAAUAUUAGAAGAAGAAAACUUCGAAUUUAAGAAUAAAUCGAAAGUAGAAAUUGGAAUUCAAACCGAUGAAUAUGAAGAAAAUAACGAAAAUGAAGAAGUCGAUUUGAAUGAUGAUUUAUUUAAUAAUUUUGAUGAACUUUUUGGAAAAUAUUUUAAUUCAAAAUAUAAUUAUUCACUUAAAACAGAUAUUCAAAAGAAAAUAUAUUAA